AUGUCUCAGGCCGGAACAACCAAAGUUUUUCACAACGAAGCAGAUUUUCUUCCAAUUAUUUAUGAAGCAAAUUUCACUGUUGACCUUGAGAUAUUUGAUGAUUUUUCAAACUGGCUACAGGAUCAUUUGCGUCAAACGAUAAAUGAUAAUCCCGGGUUUCGAGAUGCAGAGGUUUUCGAGCGACAACCAGGAAGCGACGAAGGAGACAUAUCCAUAAAACAUCCGGAUCGUGUACAUCGAUAUAUCACAGUAUUCUUUGAAGUUGAUAAUAGGGAUAGUAUUGAUCGUUAUUUGGCUGAAGCCCCUAAAAUCCAAGAAACACUCAGAGAAAAAUUCAAUCAAAAAAACGCGUUGGUUAUUUCUUCUCGUCGUAUUUUAUACCCUGUGUCGUUAUGGGCGAAGGCUAAUACUGUUGGUGGAAAGAAAUAA